CUUGCUUCGUUCCUUCAUACCCAAAUGGACAUACAUACCCCCGCAGACGGAGAGACCUACCUUUGUGUGUUGUGUAUGCAGGAAGCAACCAACCAGUCAAUCAUCCGUCAAUCCACCCAUCCACUCAUCCAGAGCGUCACUGAAUCAUUCCGAACCCCAAGCAAGCAAACACCCUGGCAUCAGUGAUGAAGGACACGCUGUGACUUCAUUGUCAGACCAGACAACAGGGUUAGUCUCUCUCUCAGGGUGUGGUGACAGCCCUCGUGUUGCCCCGCCUGACCCUCCUGCCCCCGCCCCCCCUUACUUACCCCUCACCCCUCACACCUCCACCCCCAUCUCCCUCUGACGAUACUCACAGGCAGCCCACACAGUCACAGCUGCACGGCACCUUAAGGGCCUUGUCUGUGGCUGUGGCUCCGAACUGGGGUGGGUCGGUCUUCAAUUGUCUGUCUUUUGCGACGGUCGGCCUCUGCUGCGGCGGCUUGACGACGGUCGUGGUAGGCAUGGCUGACGACACACGAUAGUAGUAUCUCGUUGGCGGCGCCACAUAGGGCGUUGGAUGGAACAAGGGCACAGGUGAGACAUAGGCCGUUGGCUGCGGGGCGGGGAAGGGACGGGACAGCACCUGCACCGGCCGCACGACUGAGGGCACGGCCGCAAGAGCCGGUAACGUAGGUGUGGUGGGUGUAGGUGUGGGUAGGUGCUGUCUUGUGUCUCCUGUCGUCUCUUUCUCUUGCUGCCCCACGGCAGGAUGAGUCUCCAGGUCGACUUGGAUCAAGGGAUUUGCCUCAAGAACGACGCGGCCGACGGCCGGCCCCCUGUAGUCACCUCGCCGCAGCGGCCAUGACGACACACGACGCAGACGGACAUCGCUGCACAAGACACACCACACACCACACGCCACAACAUUUGCCCCUGUGUGUGUGUGUGUGUGUGUGAGUGCAGGUGGAUCACCUGAUGUCGAUUGUGACACAUCCGAUGCACUGCUCUCCCUCAUGAAGAGCGUCCGACACGGCCCACAGGCAGCACACGAGCUGUGAGGGCACACCAGGCAGCGGCGCCCGCACGUUUGCCCGGAAAAAGGCCUCGUGCACCAUCCCCAAACCCUGAUACCCGCCGGGCUGCGCCACCUCCCGGCUGCUCGACCACCGGAACACCGCAUUGGUGUCACCACACCCCUUGGCCUUGGCGAGGGCGCAGAGCAGCUCAAGAGUCACUUGGUAGACCGCCGACCGACCCAGGGGCGACAUGACGUCUCGCACACUCUCCACAUAGACAUCCACGAAACGAUCAGCCGUGGGGCCUGCUGCCGUGGCCGGCAGAGGUGAGAAUGAUGAAAGGGCAUCCGGCAAGAGUGCCCCAGGCCAGUGGUGGGGCUGUGGUGUGAAUGGGGAGCCGCCGUUGUGUGGGUCCGGAAAGAUGAAGCACUGCGGUGGGCUGGCGUCGUCGAAGGAGAGGGCGAAGUGCUGGUCGACCAGCGACUUCACUGAGGGAGAGGCAUCUCGCCUGCAAGGAAGCAGGGAAAUGAGUGGUCACGGAACAAGCUGGUCACCUCACCUACCUCAGUAUUUGUGAUAUCUGGCCGGCUUUUGCAAAGACCUCCCACAGAGACGGCAGAGGCUGGGUCGUAUGCGCAAGGGCCGCCAUCAGACAGCACGUCAAAAAGCCUGUAAGACACACAACACACGACACAUCCGACGCCUCAACUACACAUGCGGGACUAGUGACGUGUACCAGUUUGUCUGUCGUCCAUCUGCGCCUCGACGGGAGUCUCCCUCCCGGACGAGACGGCACUCACGCAGAAGAUGGCGCCCCCGGCAGCUCUGUCCCGGGCCUCCUCACGCUGCUCUGCGGCACCCCCGCAGCCCCACCCACCCCAGCUGUUGUAUGGUGUCUUCGUGCGGCCGAAUACCGACUGGAAGGCCACUUGACGGGGCCGCAGGCUGGUCGACACUGCAGGAGGGGGAGAGCCGUUGAGCGAACAAUGUAUUGCUGGUGGCGGUGGUGCCAUGUGUGCGUACCGAUGAGCUUGGUCGCUCUAUUACUGCCCUUUCGCAUGCGGAAAUCCCAUGACAAGGGAACGCACGGGGCUGAAUGGCAUACAAGGGAUAAAAUGGAGGUUGACCUACUGAUUUGAUGUGCUGCUUACGCUUGCCGAAUCUUCUCUGCAUCUUGGCGUGUCUCUCGUCGCUGCCCUGUGUGCUGAUGGUCACCUCAGCAGAAGAGAACGUGGCGGUGCAGCCACAGUCCAACACCGCCAACAGCUGGGCACCUGAGACAUACAUGCACCGAAACUGCGUGCGUCAUGUUGUAUGUAUGUGUGGAUGAGAGAUGCCGCCUCACUCACUCAUCGAUGUGCUUAGGUACCUGGUGGUAUGGAUUUGUACGAGAUGAGUUUGCGGAUCUCGUGUGUGUAGAUCAGCUGGGGGUAGCCGUGGAUGUCGCGCUCACAAUAGUCACACGGCAGCAACGCAGACUCCUGCACACAAGACCCGAGCCCAGCAUAACAGCAAAGCUUCACACACGCACUUCUGGUUUCUUGCAGACUUACCCCUUGCUCUGGUCGUUUUGCGUCAGGCACUUGGGUCGAGCAGCCUGAAAGAACAAACAACGGGCGACGUGAUGCGGACCAACAGAUGGAACACUUUGUUGCCUGCCAAUCGACCAACCCGCGAAAAACAAGACGAGAAGCUGCAUUAAAGCGUUGACAGGCACACCAUAGAUGAUGAUUAAGACCUGCACAGGUCGUGUCUCCUGCUCUUGUGCUCACAUCUCCGUGCAGACAGCCGUGCAGCAGCCACCGGAUGCCCUCCUGCACCCAUGUGUCAUAUCGCCCAUCCAUCGGACACAUGUGGGUGUGUCUCUUUGCUUGUUGCACCCGGUCACGCGCACCAGAAUGUUAGCCUUUGUGGGCCGCCUGCCGGCUCUGACAACGAAUCCAUCGUCGCUCUCGUCAGCCAGCACCCUGUGUACACACAUGACGUAGGUGUGUGCAGGGAGGAAUGGAUGGGUGGAUGGAUGGAUGGGUCGUGCCGUGCCAUGCCCACCGCACGUCAAAGUCGUAUGUGAUGCGCAGCACACGACUCCAUCGCAUGCAGUCGCUCACUGCACCCCCUGCAGCCAUACACGUGCAACACACGACACAGACGUCAAUUUCCCUCUCCCUCCCUCCAUCCCUCGCUUCCCAUCUGCUUACCGAGCUGGAAUGUGCUGCCGGCAUAGUUGACGCCCACACACAGGGCCCUCCUUCUGUGCCACAUCGGCUCCAUCCACGGCCCCGGCACCCCACCCAAAUCGCACCUCUCGCCGUAUGGUGAGAAAUUUCCACUCACGGCCGGCUGUGGGUAUGCCCUGCCCCGAUAAGACAUCCCCUGUGCGUCAUUACCAGGUGUGGUGUCCCGGAAGAGAGACUCCCACAAGCUGGUCAGCCAGCUCCCUUGCUGGGGCCCGCCGCGUUGGCGGGGCUGCUGCUGCUGUAAGGCUUGGGCUGGGGCAAAGGGGCUGUGCUUGCCAGUGAACAUGUUGGUGAGAAGAGUGUCAAGGCGCCAUGUGUCAUCCUUUGACUGCAGACACAGCAAACACACCGACGGCUGACCCCAACUCGUGGGGAGGGGGGUGUCAUACCUGUCCUGCAGCCUCCUCCAGGUGCUGUAUCUCCACCUGCAAGCCGUCCACAACCCUCUCUUUAUCCCGAAUCAUGCCCUGCAAACACAGGGGCCCCAUAUCACUCUCUGGCUCUCGAAAUCUCAAACUCUCUGGUUGUCAUUGAGUGAUCACGACUCACCUGCAAGUUCCUGAUGUGCUGCAGGUCGCCACGGUGGCCUUCCUGACGCGAAAAAUCCAUCGCUUGGAAACCAAA